AUGACCAGAAUCAAUCCAGACGCAAUGGUCCACCAGCUCAAGGCAGAUCCGGAUCACCCGCCAGUCAAGCAGAAGAGGAGGAAAUUCGCACCUGAACGAAACCGGAUCGUCAAUGAAGAGAUUGAAAAGCUCCUAAACAACAGCAUGAUCAGAGAGGUCCACUACCCCGAAUGGCUGGCAAACGUUGUAGUCGUAAAGAAAAAGAACGGGAAGUGGCGAGUCUACAUCGACUUCACUGACUUGAACAAAGCCUGCCGCAAGGACUCUUUCCCCCUUCCACAUAUCGACAUGAUGGUAGACGCGACCGCAGGGCACGAACUCCUCAGUUUCAUGGAUGCCUUCUCGGGAUACAACCAGAUUCUGAUGCAUGCGGACGACCAGGAGAAGACAGCCUUCAUCACAGAGAGGGGAACCUACUGUUACAAAGUGAUGCCAUUUGGAAUGAAAAACAACGGAGCCACCUACCAAAGUCUGGUCAACAAAAUGUUCUCUGACCACUUAGGGAAGACCAUGGAAGUGUACAUCGAUGACAUGCUCGUCAAAUCCCUGAUCGCCGAACAACACCUUGACCACCUUAGCCAGGCAUUCGCCGUUCUCCGGAAGUACAACAUGAAGCUGAACCCAGAAAAAUGCUCAUUCGACGUCUCAUCAGGUAAAUUCUUAGGCUAUAUGGUUACUCAGCGAGGGAUAGAAGCAAACCCCGACCAGAUCAGAGCGGUCCUCAGCAUACCAUCCCCGACUUGCAUCAGAGAUGUCCAGCGCCCUGCAGGACGAGUGACUGCCUUGAGCCGCUUCAUCUCCAGGUCCGCUGAUAAGUGCCAUCUAUUCUUCCAUGCCCUCAAAAAAUCCAACAAGUUCGAUUGGACCCCCUCAUGCGAAGAAGCCCUACAACAGCUGAAGAGGUAUUUGAACCCCCCGCUGCUUUCCAAACCCAUGGACGGGGAGAAGCUAUACACUUACCUAGUGGUCUCAGAGACAGCCAUAUCAGUGGUGCUAGUUCGGGAAGAAGAAACAAAGCAGUCACCGAUCUAUUACAUCAGCAAGUCGCUCCUCGACGCAAAAACUCGAUACAGCCAACUGGAAAAGCUUGCCCUCGCCCUCAUCCAUGCAUCCAGGAAGCUCAGACCAUAUUUCCAGUGCCACCCUAUAGUUGUGAUCACCUCUUUCCCGCUUAAGAAAAUAUUGCACAAACCAGAACUAUCAGGCCGACUCAUACAAUGGACGGUAGAGCUCAGCGAGUACGACGUAUUCUACCAACCACGCACCGCCAUCAAGUCCCAGGCACUGGCAGACUUCAUUGCCGACUUCACACCAAGUGCCACCACCCAGGCCGAAAGAGAAUUACUAUGCAUGAACGGCGCACCACCCUUAAAGUGGACCCUCCUAGUAGACGGAUCGAGUAAUAUCAAUGGAAGCAGACUCGGAAUAGUAUUGAUCGCACCAGAGGGAGACAUCAUCCAGCGAGUAAUCCGGUGUGGGUUCAAAUGCACAAAUAACAAGGCCGAAUAUGAAGCCCUCCUAGCUGGACUUUCCCUGGCCAGAGAAAUUGGCGCCAAGAGACUAGAAGUGAAGUCGGACUCCCAACUCGUGGUCAAUCAACUACAAGGUACGUAUCAAGCACGUGAUUCAAAAAUGACAUCCUAUUUGAGCAUGGUCAAAGAGCUACAGGCCGAAUUCGAAGAGUUCUCAAUAGUACAGAUCCUCAGAGCUGAGAAUAACCAUGCCGACGCCCUCGCCAACCUUGGCUCAGCACUCCCAUACGAUGAGCUCCUGGCUAGCAAGAACGAAGCAUGCCGAUUGAAAGCAAAAGCCGCCAGAUUCACCCUACAUGAGGGCCAACUCCUCAGAAAGUCGUUCUCGGGCCCCUACCUCAAAUGCAUAAGCCUAGAAGAGGCCCAAAGUGUUCUAGCCGAACUCCAUGAAGGCGAAUGUGGCAACCAUGGGGGGCGCUGUCUGGCUCACCGGGUGAUCACCGCGGGGUACUACUGGCCGACCAUACGCACCAAUUCGACCGCUUACGCAAAGAAAUGCGACAGCUGUCAGAGGUUUGCUCACGUCUCACACCUCCCACCAGAAUGAAUCCAUUCCAUUCUCACACCGUGGCCAUUCAUGAAGUGGGGAAUGGACAUCGUGGGAAAGCUACCUACUGCACCGGGGCAACGAGUCUUCAUGUUGGCUGUGACAGACUACUUCACCAAGUGGAUCGAAGCCGAAGCCUUCGCUCAAGUCAGAGACCGAGAGGUAAAAGCUUUCAUCUGGAAGAAUGUGAUCUGCAGGUUCGGAAUACCAAAUGAGAUUGUCACCGAUAAUGGGUCCCAGUUCAUUAGUUCAGGCUUCAGGGAUUUCUGUGACAUGUGGGGAAUAAAGUUGAGCUUUUCAACCCCCUGUAACCCCCAGUCUAACGGCCAAGCCGAGUCAUCAAACAAAACAAUCAUGCAGACACUGAAGAAGCGAUUACAGAAAGCUAAGGGCGUAUGGGCGGACGAGCUACCCGGAGUCCUCUGGUCAUACCGAACCACGGCUUGAUCAUCAACCGGAGAAACACCUUUCUCCCUGACAUACGGUUCCGAAGCAGUCAUUCCAGCCGAAGUAUCAGUUCCGUCCACCAGGCUCCAAUGGGCGGACGAGAAAUCAAAUAGCCAAAACCUUUGCCAGAACCUAGACACUGUGGACGAGCUACGGGAACAGGCGAGCAUCCGCAAUACAGUCUACCAGCAACAGGCCGCCCGACAUUAUAACCGCAGCGUGAGGAUCCGCACUUUUAAGAUAGGCGACUGGGUCCUUCGUAAGGUCUUCCAAAACACCAAGGAGAUUAACUCUAGCAAACUCGGCCCCACCUGGGAAAGCCCCUACAAGAUAAUCAAAGAAAAUGUCUUCAUCCGGAUCCCAAUGAGAGGUCUGCCCUUCCUUAAACUCCAGCAUGAGCUCGCCUCGGGCCUUAAUGAUGGCGUCAUCAGCAAUGGAGAUGCACUGCUCCCUGAGGGACUCGACCUCCGCGGUCCUCUCGGCUAA